AGAAAGCCUGUAAUUCUAUAUCCGGUUAUUCAAGAGACGAGAACUCCGUUCGCGGAGUACUUAAGCGUAAAGUUAUGGCACUCGAGAAUCUUCUCCACCAACAUCUAUACGACACCAAACCCUCAGAGGAUGACUAUUUGGCAAUUCUCGAAGAUCUUCAAAACAAAUAUAAAAUCCGAAACAAACCUCUACUGAUAAAGUCUGGAAUUGUGAUGGCUUUAGUGAUUACCUUAUUCUUUAUGCAAAGUAUUCCCAAUUUGGAUCUCAGUCUCGGAUGGAUUGCGAUAUUAGGCGCUAUUUUGCUCCUUAUUUUGGCCGACUUUGACGAAUUGGAAAGUGUUAUCUCACGAGUCGAGUGGUCGACACUUAUAUUCUUUGCGGCGCUGUUUGUAGUGAUGGAGGCGUUGGCGGAGUUGAAGUUCUUGUGGUGGAUCGGAAAGCUAACUCAGGAUCUAAUUAAUUCUGUCCACGAAGACAACCGUCUGAUUGUUGCCAUUUUAGUAUUCCUAUGGGUGUCGGCAUUGGCUUCAAGUCUUAUCGAUAACAUUCCCUUUACAACAGUUAUGGUGAAAAUAAUCGAGGAUUUGUCCGAAAACAACGAAUUUCACGUCCCGUUGACUCCACUCAUAUACGCCCUCGCAUUCGGCGCCUGUUUA